AUGGCUCAAUACGUGCGCGAUUUUGCUGUGCAAUACGGUGGAGACGACCCUCGUCAUGCCGUGUUGUGGGGCAAAACGACUUGUCAGAGCCGAUGGACGUCGCAAUUCAAACGCUACACCACUCGAGAGCGGAAGAGCAGUAGCACGGGGCUUGGAAUCACAGAAGAGAUGCUGGUGAAUGGAGUUACGAUUAGUGCCAUGAUCGAGAAGGCGUGUCCGUUCUACGAGCCGAUAGACGCACUGUUUGCGGAGCAAGCAAACGUAAAUCCAGAAUCGCAGUGUCACGUACCAGAUCUCAGCGAUGACGAGGAGGCGAUGGAAUUCAAAACUAAAGAGUUGGAAGUCUAUGUUCACGAGCAGAGAAGAUCUCGAGAAGAGCGUGACCAAGAGCGCGAGGAUAAGCAUCGCGAAAAAUGGGAUGAUGAUCGCAGAAAAAUGGUAGUGGAGCUGUUUCGUGGUGGAAAACCGAUCGCUGAGUGCACGUUUGACUCGCUCACGUUCCUGCUGCGCUGCCGUGCCUACAUUCGAGGUGCUCCUGACGUCAUCAUCAUCUUCUUUGUCAAGCGUGUCGUCGUCCCAUUCGUCUUCCAGCGCAAUACCGAGGUCAUGAAGCAGGAUGCAGGCUAG